AUGACAAUGAUACAGUUCUUAUUUUCCUGUUGUUUGUUCUGGGCUUUGGCCCUUGCGGCCAAAUUCCAAACCUUUACACCCCUAGGACCGAAUGGGCUUGCCUACAGCAUCCAUAUCCCCGAGGCCACGGCCAAUUCUAGCAGUGGACCCAUUUACUUCCAAAUGAACUCGACUAAGCGCAUAGAAUGGUUUGCCUUAGGUCAAGGAGAUCAUAUGGCCGGAUCUAAUAUGUUCGUCGUGUAUACUUCUGGCAAUAGUGUGACCGUUUCCCCGCGAUCCGGCGUGGGACACAGCCAGCCAUUGUAUAACCCCGCGGCCCAGAUUACUGUCAUGAAUGGCAGUGGCGUUGACGGCCCAAUGGUUACAGCCAACAUUCAAUGUGAUAAUUGUCUUCACUGGGGAACUGCUAGCAUGGACCCUACCAGCUCGAGCAGUACAUGGAUAUGGGGUGUUCGUUAUGGCCCGCCACUCAACACGAAAAAAUUAUCCGCCAAUAUUCUGCAGCAUGAUAUCAUGGGGGUUGAUGUGGUGAAUUUGAAAAACGCUACGGGUCCAACUGGCGACAAUUCCUUUGCUGACCUUGUCAGCAUCAAUCCCAAUCCUAAUCCCGACUACCCCUUCCAAGAGUCCGAGUUUCACGCCAAGAAGAUUGCCCAUGGAGCUCUGAUGAUAAUUGCAUUUGUUCUUCUGUUUCCCUUAUCUGCACUCAUACUCCAUCUUUACUCGUCAUCAAAUGUUGUCACGAUUCAUGGAGGUCUGCAACUCUUUGCGCUUGUUGUUUCUAUUGCUGGGCUGGCUCUGGGGAUUUCCAUGGCCCAACAGGUUCAUAUUCUAGACAGCUACCAUAUUAUUAUCGGAAUAUUCGUUAUUGCCAGCUUGACUUUAUUUCAGCCGGCUAUGGGUCUAUUGCAACAUCGUUAUUUCCGAAAGACUGGUGGAAAAGGGCCAUUUGCUUAUAUACACCGUUGGUUUGGACGGAUCAUGAUAAUAUUAGGGGUGAUCAAUGUGGGACUUGGGUUCAAACUCACCGGUGUUGGAGAUCCUGCCGCGCCGAAGGGUGCUGUAAUUGGGAUUUCGGUGCUUAUUGGUGUUAUCGGGUUGUUCUACGUUCUUCGUGUGGGAUACGUGACUAAGAAGCAACGUCGACGUGCCUCGGCUGAGGCAGAGUAG